GCCAGGGCCAGCAGGGGGCGCGGUGGGUCUUGCAGGAAGAGGAGCCAUGGGGAAGAAGAGGGUGGCGGUGGUCUUGGCCGGCUGCGGGGUCUUCGAUGGCAGCGAGAUCCACGAGGCCUCCGCCGUCCUGGUCCACCUCAGCCGCAGCGGAGCGGAGGUGAAGAUAUUUGCACCAAAUAUUGAGCAAAUGCAUGUUAUUGACCAUUUAAAAGGCAGCGAAAGUAAAGAAAAGAGAAAUGUUUUAGUGGAAAGUGCCCGGCUUGCAAGAGGGAACAUCCAAGAUUUGGCUGAAUUGAAAGUUGAUGAAUUUGAUGCUGUCAUUUUCCCAGGGGGUUUUGGUGUAGCUAAGAACCUGUGUUCCUGGGCUGUGAAAGGAAAGGACUGCACUGUCAAUGAACUUGUAAAGUCCACCCUUGAGGCUUUCCACAGUGCAAAGAAACCUAUUGGUCUGUGCUGUAUCUCCCCUGUGCUGGCAGCAAAAGUCUUCCCAGGCUGUGAAGUCACUGUUGGCCACAAUAAAAAUGUCGAUGGAAGAUUUCCUGAUUCGGACACAGCGGCUGCAAUAGAAGAACUUGGAUGCAAGCACGUUUGUAAAGAUGUGAGUGAAGCCCAUGUUGAUUCUGCUAACAAGAUAGUCACCACUUGUGCGUUCAUGUGCAAAGCCCCCUUGCAUGAGAUUUUUGAUGGGGUUGGAACCAUGGUUGCUGAAGUUCUGAAAAUUGCAUGAGUGGGGACAACUAGACUAAGGUAGCACUUGGUGGCUGCUGGUAAUUAUGUUUAACAAAUGGAACUUAGGAUGAUCAGUGUAAUUAAUAAAAAAACAUUUUAACAACA